UUAAAUAAAUAAAUUUUAUUUAACCGUAUUACUCACUUUUAUUUUGAAACUCUUUUAUUUUAUUUUCUUUUCACGUAUUGUAUCCCCCCCUUUUUUUUUUAUAUUUAUAUAUUUAUCAUACAUCUUAUUUUUUUUUAAAAAGAAAAAAAAAAAAUGUCCACAGCCAGACCUCUUAACGAUGACGAAGUUUUCAAUGAGAUGAAGAAGAUGGUUGCUUUCAUCAAACAAGAAGCUUUAGAAAAAGCUAGAGAAAUUAAAGUCAAGGCUGAUGAAGAAUUCAACAUUGAAAAGGCCAAAAUUGUUCGUCAAGAAUCUUUAAAUAUUGAAGCUAUUUUUGAACGCAAGAUUAAGCAAGCUGAAGUUCAGAAAAGAAUUGCUCAAUCAAAUCAUAUUAAUAAAACACGUCUUAAAAUACUUCAAGAACGCCAGCAAGUGCUCGAUGAUCUUUUUGAAGAAACAAACCGUCGUAUUUAUGAAAUUUCUCAAGACAAAGAUUUAUAUACUACUUUGAUUGAAGGCCUUAUUCUUCAAGGAGCUUAUUCUCUUAUGGAAAAGGAUGUUACUAUUCGUUGUCGUGAACAAGACAUAGAUUGUGUUAACUCUGCUCUUGACUCUGUAUCAGAUAAAUAUGAAGAAAAUUUAAAGUAUCGACCUAACUUUAACAUUAGUGAAAAUUAUCUUCCUUCUUCAUGUGCUGGUGGUGUUGUUAUGUCUGGUUUCAAUGGUAAAAUCACAGUUGAUAAUACGCUUGAUGCCCGUUUAGAAAUUGCCAAAGAAGAUAUGUUGCCUCAAAUUCGUGUUGCUUUGUUCGGCCAUUCACCUAACAGAGCUUUCUUUGACUAAAAGAAAUUUGAUCAAUAUUACAUUUAUAUACACACACAUUAUCUAUAUUAAAAAAAAGAGAGAAAACAAAGAUGAAGACUAUUUGUUUAUUAAUUAUAUAUGUAUAUUGUAAAAUAAUAUACGUUAU